AUGCGUACUGAUCGGCGGACGUUGAUUCGAACCCAAUCGGCCGGCAGACCCAAGUCGUUCACCACAGCCACUGCCCCAUCAUCCAUUGCUGCUGCACCCACUCCUCCCCCUCCCCCCACUCCUCCCCCCACUCCACCCCCUACUGCUCCCCCUGGCCCUCCUACAACCCCUGCUCCCCCUCCCCCCACUCCCCCUCGCCCUGUUCCCCCCUCCCCUGCAGUCCGCCUUCCCCCCUCUCUCCCCGAGGUGCCACCUCCCCCAGGUGUACCUCCCCCGCUCCCAGGCGGCCUGCCUCUGGGGCGGGGCGCAUCUGCUGCCCUGGUCGCCGCCCCAGUAGAGGAGAGCCAACAGAAUGAGGUAUGGAUGAGAAUGGUUGAGAAUGGUUGA